AUGCUUUCAGCAACAGCAACUGCAACAGCGACGACACAAUCAAAAUCAACACAAAAGUUGCUCCCUGCUGAUGUUCGUUGGUGUCUCGACAACAAAGACGACUUGUCGCUCGUAUCCUACGUAGAUCACUUUACUUUGGCCAGCAGACGUUAUGCCGUUCGACGCUACAAGCAUAUCAUUAAAAGGAACAUCCCAAAAGAGGAUCGGCGACGACUUUUAUCCGAGUUGAAGUUUUUCACGAAAACAGUGCGAUACUAUCAAUAUUGGUAUGACAUUAUGCAAAAGAAGGUGGCGCUCAAAGCAAAACUCAGAUCUACAAGAAUACUGGACGCGUCAACAAAACAGCAGGCGAAAUCACUGUUAACCACAUUCCGAGGAAAGUCAUCGACAACAUCAUCAUCUUCCAGCAGCAAUCACAUUACCACCGAUGAUGACGAUGACGAUGAAGGUGACGCUGUUGAUGUUGAUUUGACAACUGAAGAUUCGCUACAAGACGCUUCAUCUGUGGAUGAAAAUCAUGCAACAAGCUCGUCACCACCCCAAGCCCCUUCCUCGAGUGAUCAUAGCGAGAAUUACGAAUUCGAUUCAGAAGAUAGUUGCUGUCUCAAACAUACCAAGAAGUCAGAUGGUUCGUCUCGAGGAUGUCAUAACGAAGGUGAUAAAAUGCUCAUCAUCAAAGUAGGAGAUACAGGCUUUUUCAUCUAA